CGAUUAUUAUGAACAAAAUAGAGAACUACUUUUAUAGCUUAUACACAGAAUAGUUAUAAAUUUGUUUUUCGGUAACUAAGAUAGUUAUCAAUCAAUGAUAAUAAAUGGAAAUCAUCAUUUUUCCCCUCCUUGUAACUCCGAUUUCUUUUUUCUAGGCACUGAUUUUUUUGUCCUGCUUUUCAUCUGACGUCAAUUGGGUAUCAAGGGAAACUAAUAAAGAUGGUUGUUCAAACAGUGUUGCUAGAGUUAAAGAAGAAUUGCAUGGUAUUAACUGACAACUUGGUUGGAAUCAGUGAGCAUAUAAAUGAAAUGAUGAGAUUAUUAAAGGUUGGUUCUAAUGAUACACGAAUUGUUGGUAUCUAUGGCAUGGGAGGUAUUGGCAAGACAACUAUUGCCAAGUGCAUCUACAAAAAGCUCGUCUGCUGCUUUGAAUGUUGUAGCUUCCUUGAAAAUAUUCAAAAAGCGACGCCACACAAAGGACUUGUUAGUUUGCAAAAACGACUCGCUCAUGGUACUCUUAAAUCAUGCCCUGACAUUAUUGAUGUCAAUAGCGGAAUUGACAUUAUUAAACAACGAUUUCUCAACAAGAAAGUUCUCAUUGUUCUUGACGAUUUGAAUGAAAAGUCUCAAUUUGAUUAUCUUGUGAGAAAUUGUGAAUUUUAUGGUCGAGGAAGUAGGAUCAUAGUUACAACUAGAGAUAAACACUGUUUAAAUGUUAUUCAAGUGGAUGCAACAUAUGAACCCCCAUUUAUGAAUUCUGUUCAGUCACUUCAACUUUUCAGCAUGCAUGCCUUUAGAAAGAAGUUUCCUCCAAAAGACUUUGAUGACAUCUCUAAAAAGGUUGCAUCCUUUGCUGCAGGGCUUCCUCUAACUCUUGAGGUUAUAGGUUCUUUUUUGUCCGACAAGACGAAAGUGGUAUGGGAAUAUACAUUGAAGAAGUUGAAGAAACUACCAGCAAAUAAAGUUCAAGAAAGGUUGAAAAUAAGUUAUGAUAAAUUAAACUAUGAGCAAAAACAGAUAUUUCUCGAUAUUGCAUGUCAUUUUAUAGGGAUGGACAAAACAGGUGCAUUUUAUAUGUGGGAUGACUGUGGUUAUUAUCCAGAGGAGGGAAUUAUUGUUCUUUGUCUCAUGUCUCUGGUCAAAAUUGGAGAUGAUAAUGUCUUAAGAAUGCAUGAUCAACUUAGAGAUCUCGGCAGGGAAAUCGUUCGUGAAGAAGAUCGCCAGAAUCCAGGAGGGCGUAGCAGGUUGUGGGAUCGCAAGGAAGCACUGGAUGUACUGAAGGAAUGUAGGGGAACAAAAAAGGUUGAGGUCCUAAGUCUGAAAUUGUUGUACAAUGAUAUGUCUCUUACAUGUAGGGAAUUCAGGAAACUAUUUAAUCUAAGGUAUCUGCAAGUAGAUUCCGGAAAUUUUGUUGGGGAUUUUAAGCAUCAUUUUUCACAAUUAAGAUGGCUUUGUUGGAAAAAGUGCCCUCACGAUUUUGAAGCAAUUCAUUUUCAUAUGAAGAAUCUAGUGGUUCUUGACCUAUCAUAUAGUUCUAUCACGGAGAACUGGGAGGGUUGGAGUCAAAUCGAGAUGUCAAAUAAGUUAAAAGUUCUGAAUCUGACGAACUGCAAUUUAAGGAGAACUCCAGACUUUUCAGCUAAUGCAAGUUUAGAGAUAUUGAUUCUUGAUCACUGUGGGAAAUUGGUCGAAAUUGACCCAUCCAUUGGCAAUCUGAAGAAUUUGAGAGUGCUCAACAUUUCGUGGUCUAAAAUAAGGAAUUUACCUGAUGAAAUUUGGAUGUUAGAGAAGCUGGAAGUUAUAGAUGCCUCUGGUUGUUCUUGUUUGGAGGGUAACAUUCCUAUUGGUAUAGGGAGAUUUUCAUCUUUGAGACACUCGAGCUUAAUUCAUACCAAAAUUCAAAGCCUACCAACAAGCAUUUGUGAGCUCUCUUGCCUCCAGACCCUUGACUUAGAUUUUUGCAUAAAGCUCGAAGUAGUACCAGACCUUCCCUCGAGUUUAGAAAUUCUGAAAGUCAAACACUUUGGGUCUAGAAAUUUGCGUGUUACCCCUAGUGUUGCAAAUCUGGUUAAUCUACAAGAACUGGGGUUUUCUGGUUUGAGGGGGUAUGUAGAGUUAUCUAGAGAUAUUGAGAAGUUUACCAAAUUGCAGGUAUUGAUGUUGGAUCAUUCCAACAUUAGGACCCUACCAAAAGGGAUUGAUGCCCUUUCUCGGCUCAAAAUCCUCACUGUGCGUUCAUGUGAUGAUCUUCAAUGUAUACUAGGGUUACCCUCAAGUCUGGUUGAAUUAUCUCUUGAAUAUUGUGUAUCAAUGGAAAGAUUGCCGGAUCUUUCAAAUUUGAAAAAAUUGUAGGGAUUGAGGCUUCACUAUUGCAUUAAGCUGAUGGAAAUUCAAGGGCUGGGAAAUCUAGAGUCGCUAGCAUAUUUGGGUAUGGAACAGUGUGAUGAAAUAGCUGAUCUUGAUCUACUUGAAAGAUCUGCAUCUCUACCAUUCUCGUCCUCGUACUCAUCCUCGGAGAUGAGUGAAUACAAAAGCCUUCAAGUUAAACCAUAUCAGUUCAACUUAAACAAGUUAAAGAAAGUUUACAUUUAUGGUUGCAAGAAUCUCAAUAAGAUCCAAGGACUAGAUAGAUUGGUAUCAGUGGAAUUUUUGGAAUUGAGUAGUUGCGCAUCCAUAGUAGGAUUACCCAAUUUGUCAAACUUGAAACUGUUGAGAUGCUUAGACGUUGCUUUUUGCACGAGGUUAUGUGAGAUUGAGGGCCUUGUGGCUUUGGAAGCCAGCUUGGAGGUACUGAAUAUCAGAGGGUGCACAUCGCUGGAACAAGUCCCGCAUCUUCCAUACACAAAUUCUCCAGACUCAACCUGAGAUUGAGGGCCUCGAGGCUUUGGAAGCCAGUUUGGAGGAACUGGAUGUCAAAGGGUGCACAUCACUACUGGAACAAGUCCCCCACCUUCCAGACACAAAUAUUCUUCAGACUCUAAGAAAAAAGCUUUAUGACAAAAAAACUCUGGUAUGGAUGACUAUUGUUCCUUCCUUCCUUCCUUCUUUGAUUACCUUCUUCCUUUAUUUUUUUCUUACUUUUUAGUCACUUUCUUUCUUACUUUUCUUUUUAAUUUAAUAUUGUCGCAGAUGGGGUCAAUCCAUUACAUGGUCGGAGGACCAUUGAUACCGGCUAAUCAUCACUUGACACCUAAACAAAAAAUUGAAUAAAGUUCACGAAUUUUUGACACAUUUGCUUAGGUGUCAACAUGGCCCGGAAGCGUGUAAUAAUUUCUCAUAUAUUUGAGUUGUAUGUAAAUGCAAAGUGAUUUGUAUACAUGCAAUGGGUUGAGUUGCGUGAUAUUUACAUAGUGAUUUGUAUACAGGCAAUUGGUUGAGUUGAGUGAUAUUUACAGUGACUUGUCUGCAUGCAAUUGGUUGAGUUGAGUGAUGGUGUGUACUACUCUUGGUUGGUCAAGUGAUUUGUAUACAGGCAAUUGGUUGAAUGUGCUGUGUAUGUACACUGGGUUUUGUAAAGUGGAGCUGUUACAAGGCCACAAGACCAACUAUAUACAUGUGUAUCAUCAGAGGAUAUAUAUUAGUGAAUAGAGCUUUCUUUUCUCUCA